GGUACCACUAUCAUAAAGGACAACAACACUGGAACGAUUAGGAUAGGAAUCGAAACAAAAGAAAAAAAAUUCGGAAACGAGUGGGAGAAAGAAUGCCAAGUGUUCUUGAUCUUCAAAGAUAGCCUAACUCUUCUUCUCCCUUCCUGAAACGAAAGUGUCGAUCGGGCGUAUCCUCAAGCGGUAACAAGUGCAGAAUCAGCAGGUGAGGGUGGAUUUACAGCUAUCAAGAACUCAGUGAUCAAAAUCUUCGCCAUGGACGUGAAACAAGUUCUCUUCAUGAGCAAAGGAGACGGAGAACAUAGCUACGCUCAGACCUCCACCUACACGCAAAAGGUUGCGUCUCUAACGAAGCCUGCAAUAGCGAGCACGGUUGAUUCUCUACUCGAGGAAGGUUUCUUCCCAUGCGAGCUUCUUAAUGUGGCCGAUUUAGGCUGUGCUUCGGGUCCUAGCGUGGUAACUUUCAUGUCUACCGUUAUAGAGAGCGUACAGGAGAAGUGUGCACGCUCGAGCUGCCCGCCUCCUGAAUUCCAAUUUUAUCUUAACGAUCUUCCCGGGAACGAUUUCAACACAUUGUUCAACAGCUUGUCGAACUUCUCGCGAAGCUAUGAAAGCUUGUCGUGCUUUAUAAUGGGAGCUCCGGGUUCUUUCCACGGAAGGCUCUUCCCUAGAAACUGUGUGCACCUCGCUCAUUCCUCCUAUAGCGUUCAUUGGCUAUCUCAGGUCAACUGAUAAUGUUUCAAAUCUCGCCAAUAUGCCGUUCGACUCGUGCAUAAUUACAUACUCAAGUUAGAGCAGUAAUGCAAGCACAGCAUAACCACGAUGGAUGUCCUUGUUAAUCCUGCAUUAACUUGGAAGUUUGAGCAAAUGAAAGGCACCGAGUCUCACGAGCGAAGAAGGCUUCCCGUUGAACAAGGGAAGGAUCUUCAUUUCGAAGAACAGCCCCGACCUGGUGAAGGAGGCCUACUUAGCUCAGUUCCGAGCGGAUUUAUCGGCAUUUUUGAAGUCCCGCUGCGAAGAGAUGGUCGAUAACGGUCGCCUCGUGUUGGUACUUCACGGGAGGAAAGAUAAGGAAUUUGCGAGCCUAGACAG